AGUAUGAGAGUGCUGCACAUGUUCUGAAUGCAGAGAGCUGGACUGCAGGAUACAGUAUACCGCUUCUAAUACCUGGUCACUGGUAACUGGGGAGAUUAGAGUGCUUCACAGCAUCUACAUCCCGUUCACUGGCUCUCUUAAACUGUCACUAGAGAGACCCCCUCACUCACCCUCAUUGUGACUGUCUCCUAUCACAGGAUGGACCAGGCUCCCUCUACCAGGUAAGGAGAUGAACUUUCACAGAUUAUUACAGCAUUAUGCUCAGGAGGCGAAACCUGCUCACCACACUGCUCAUCGUGCUCCCUUGGGCCCUUCUGUUCACGUUAUGGCACCAACACCCAACCACUCGCUACCUCUCCCUCCUAAGGAAAGAUAUAGAUGACAAUUCUACAGCCAAACCCCUUCUCAGCAAUGUGACAAAAGAAGAAAGUCUUCAAUGUAUCCACCAGCAAUCCACUCAUGAGGCACCUGUGGUCAUAAGGACGUAUGUAUAUUCCCGACCUCCUCCUUGGUCUGAGGAUGUUCCUAUUAUUUAUGUGAUAACUCCAACCUAUUCUCGGCCUGUACAAAAGGCUGAACUGAUAAGACUCCUAAAUACUUUUCUGCAUGUUGUGAAUUUACACUGGAUUGUGAUAGAAGACUCCCCUCGGAAAACCAAACUGGUGGCCAACUUGUUGGAGAAAGCAGGGCUCAACUUUACCCACCUGAACGUGGAGAGCCCACAUAACUUAAAGAUAGGUCUUGCAAAGUCUCCCAAUCAUACACCACGAGGGACAGUGCAGAGAAAUCUCGGUCUACGAUGGCUUAGAGACAAUAUCAAUGCUUCCAAUCCAUCCGAUGGGGUUGUAUACUUUGCUGAUGAUGACAACACAUAUACUCUGGAACUCUUCGAAGAGAUGAGAUACACAAAAACAGUAGCUGUGUGGCCAGUGGCCUUUGUGGGAGGCCUAAGAUUUGAAUCCCCAAAGCUCGAUCCAGGAGGGAAAGUUAUUGGCUGGAAGACGGUUUUUGAUCCUAAUCGACCAUUUGCCAUCGACAUGGCGGGCUUUGCUGUUAAUCUCCGACUGAUCCUCGAAAGGCCACAUGCUAAUUUUAAGUUGGAAGGUGUUAAGGGCGGCUAUCAGGAGAGUAGCUUGCUGAAAGAUCUGGUGACCAUGGAUGGACUAGAGGCCAAAGCAGCCAACUGCAGCAAGGUCCUGGUUUGGCACACAAGGACUGAGCGACCUACGCUUGUGAAUGAAGGGAAACGAGGAUUCACAGACCCAAAUAUUGAAGUCUAGCCAUACGGAUCCUCCAGCUGUGUAAGCACAAUGGAAUGAAAACGCACUAUUUCUGUACUUUCGGGAGAACAAGGGAAUACCCAUAAAAGAGGCACACGCACAGGACGAAGACAUACAUUUGUGGCUCUUUGUGGGCAACAGAGUGUUAUUAAUUGUAACUAUUUUUUAAAUCUUCGAAUCAUGAAUCGACAGUUGCAUACAUUUGUAAAAGAAAAAAAAAAAGAACCUGAUUUUAGUUUUUUUUAGUUGAAAGCAAGUUGCUGCUGCUGAUAGUAUUUCAUAAAUAAAGACUGAGACUGAGAAAGAAAAGGACAGAAACUUCGUAAAAUACCUUAUGUUAAACCUCUUGUAUGAAGACAACAUAUGUUAAACCCUCUUCAAAGAUCUGGGUCUGUGUACCAAAGCUAAUUAAAACGUUCCUGCUCUUCGCUGUUUUGUCAAAUGUAGGGCGCUCGUUAAUCGCAUUUACAUAGGACUGACACAUUCAGAGACAGAAGGCUUAUGCCCCAUCUGACGCAACAGAUUCUGCUGGCUCUAAUUAAAAACAACAAAAAGGUACAAACAGAACCCUAGUGCGUCCUAUUCUUGUACAUGUGAAACGGAACUCAUUAUCAAGUCUUCCCGCUGUCACUCUCAGAACCGCACAAUGGCAGACGCCCAGGACUAACCAGAGGCGACAGAUGGAGUUUCAGUGUCAGCCCUCCAAUGGUCCUGGCGGCCGAGGUGUUAACUGGAAAUUAGAAUAUAGAACAUAUCAUAUUAUAUGUGUAAUUCUAUCUUGGUUGUAUUGUCCCAAAUUUUACAAGCCAGGUGUUAGUUCACAACAUCGCUCUGAACAAAUGCCAUAGUCUCAGGGCAAAUCCAUUAGCGUCAUUAAAGUUUUCACCUAGGAAUCUAUUCAUACUAGUUCAUUGUUCGCCAGGUUCUGCUGACACUAUAACAGCUUCCAAAUCAGUAAUAUAUAAUUUAGUCACCAUUUACCAUACAGAUGAAUUAUAUGUUUAUUUGCUUUAGAA